AAAUCAUCACAUUGAGCCAUCGUUUUAUUUACGUAAAGAUAAAUAGAAACAAAUAACAUAAAUCAUCACUGUAAAUGGUUUAGCUUAACGGGCUUCUAACAUUAGAAGUGCUGAUAUAAUGAGUUAAUGUUCUAGAAACCUUUUAGAUCAUCAUUAUGGAUGUAGAUCUGUUAAGACCAGGCACUGUGCCUAUCUCUCCAGAUACAAUACUGUGGUUUGAAUUUCUUCUUGACCCUAACUUACUGAAGAAGCAUCUCAGUAAACCUAACCCAGAACCUUCAGCUUGUGAGUUGAUAGAAGAGUUUCUGUCGGUUGACACUAAGAAUGGUAACUCUAAGCCUACAUCUGAGCGAGUGGUGGACGUUGAUGCACCACCCAGUCCACCAUCAGCCACCACUCCUGCCCCGUCACAGUUCACAAGAAAACAACUGGCUCUGAAGAUUCUUGCUUUGAAAGUUGCUGCAACUCUUCACUGGAAUUUAGACAUCUUUGAGAACAAGCUGCCUCCACAGAUACAACAACAGUUGAUGCAGGAUCUGGUCUACAUGUCAACUGAUGCUGCCUUUGCUGUACCCCCACAGGAAAUACCAGCAGAAUUGUUACAGCAGCCACAGGUGCAGUUUGCACUGGUUUUGUACCACAGAUGGGUGAUCCGGUUCCCUGUGAAAGCAGCACUCUAUGCCAAAUCAAAUAAAAUGUCCUACAUCCAUAUACCUGGCAUGCAACUAGACAGCGCUUACACACCAUUAAAUCAGAACUUCGAAAAAAUAUUACGAAUGUGCGAAGCCUCUCGCAUGCAAAGUAUUAUGUUUCUAGAUGAGAUAUUGGCUUAUUAUGAACCAACAUCGAGUACUGGUCGCAAAGAAUCCAAAAAGAUUAGGGUCCCAGUGACAGAAACCUUUGUGCAUCUGACAGAAGACACUAGUGACAUGAACCAUAACUGGAAUGCAGGAGAUGUUCUCAUCAGCCAACAUGAACUUGCAAUGCAAAUACAUUUCGAUCUCUGUUACAAUUAUUUCUUCUAUGGUCAGCAUAAUUUGGCAAAGAAACACAUACUUGGCUGCAGGGAAAAUUCAAAUCUCUUAGAAAGGGAAACAUCUAUCUAUGGCUAUGGACCACACAGAACCAUGCCUUGGGGAGAGUUUUAUUACGCAUGUAUGGCUAAAGAUGAUAUAUUAGGAUACAUAAGAGCAUUAAACUUAGGCUUUGAACUGUUAAAUGAGGAGCCGUCAUUGUUACAAAAACUCCAGGAUUCGAUAGCCAAUCAUUACACGGGAAUAAUCGCAGUGCUGCAAGCCGAUAACUUGACGAGAGAAAUCCCAAUGAUUCACAGACAGGUUGCUGAACUAGAUAUUCAAGGGUCUGCUUCAAGUGGAGCCUUCACGGUUGCUAGGGAUCUCCUAAAUAGAGUUUCUGCCCUGAAUGCUGUAAGAUACGCCUUAGAAGGUGGAUUACCUUCUACUCAUCAAGACUUCUUGAACAAAUUCAAAACGGUCGGAAUAAAGUUUUUCGAUCUUCUGUUCUGGGCGCUCGCCCCUGUUCUUAUGUCCGAUUUAUCAGAAACAGAUUGGGAAAACUUGAGAACAUUUUACCUGCAUUUAGCUACGUCACAGUGUAGAUUGCCAAUCGAUAGGAUUGAUGAGUAUUUGAAAAAGCAUAUUGGCGAAUCAGCAGAGACUAUAAGGAAGAAGUUGAUUUCCGAUGAGCAAUUGAACACGAUCCUCAAUGAUCCUGUCAACAUCGAUGAUGAAAAUAUGGACAUUCCGCGAGAACUACUGACAGACGAUUGGGAAACUCCUGACUUUGAGUUCAAGUCUGUUCCGGAGCUUGAGAUGGGUCGCCUCAAGAAGCGUCUGAUUGAGGCUUCUACGGCAGACGACGUUCGAAUGUGUUUAGUGAAGUUAGCUAUGAUGGCACCAGCCUCGCCUUUGUGGAAGAUAAGCCCGUCCUGGAAACCAGCGGGAGAAUUAUGUAAUGCUCUGGUAUCUUUGCCGAGAGGGUUCCUGCAGGACUUUGGUUACGUGGUGUCAGGAGCGGCGCGAGCCAGAGCAGAGGCAGGGUGUGCCCGUGCAGCAUUGUCUUUACUCUCGGUACUGGAAGGCGAAGCUCGCAGCCAGUUAGGUGGUGGAAACGAUCCUAAUCUAUACCGAUUAUGCCGUCAUUUGUCCUGGGAAGUACUCUUCCUACAAAUAAAUGUGGUGCUGAGUGAAUGGCCCCACCAUCGAAUCAAUUUGUCUGCGUUAGCAAAUAAGUGCAAAGCGUGUAUCGUGGCUGUCACUGCUGGUGACGGGAUUGUUCCUAGACCACAGGUAAUCGAGGCAUGUUGGAUUUGUCUGAUCAACGCAUGUGAGUGGGAAGGAAUGGGUAUGACGACGGGACCGGGAGAAGUAGCCGCAGCGCUCUGUGCAGCCUGUUUCGAAUUACAACGUGGCAAGGCUACUAGGAAGUUUCCGAGACCCCUUUGGGAUUAUGCUUUAGGAGUAUAUUGCAACGGUCCGGCCCCUGUAAAGAGGUCUGCAGGCGGUGCCCCAACACAUUCCCGCGACGCGCCGGCCGCGUGGGCCGAAGCCCGCAUUGCUUUCAACGGCUUCUUAUCCACUCUUCGAGAACCCCUCGCCGUCAGUGUGAUGCUCUCCCUUCUCGCAAGGAUACACAACCUCCUUGUAGACGAUGGCUCAUUAGAACUCGUGGUUGAAUACACCAAUCUUUGGCCAAAUAACAUAUCGAAUAUGAAUAAUUAUAAUUCCAAGUUUGUGCUGGAGUCUCUUACGGAUCUGCUCGAAAGGAGUUUGAAGUUGUAUCCUUAUAAUACUUCGUGGCUACGUCUAUACGGCGACGUAGAAAUGGUAGAGGGUCGUUGGGGCGCAGCACUACGUCGCUAUUUAUGCGGCGCGGCGGCGGGCUCGUGGCACUUCGCCAAGCGAGCCCCCGACGAGGCGGCCGUAGCGAGGCGGGCGGCGCGGUGCUGCCAGGCCCUCAAUGCGCCAACACAGGCGGCGGCGCUAUGCCAGCUGCCCGACGAACCGGAUUAUACUACUGCAUUCAAGUGUCUUGCGGAAAAGACUGGGAACGCGUCCGACGCUAUGGACGGUUACUACGGCUGUAUCUGGGACGGUACACUUCUCGAGGUAGGGGUAGCAUUGCACGCUCGGCGCGGAGAGGGUGGGCGCCGCGCGCGGGCGGUCCGCGCGGCCGGCGCACUCGAGCUCAACGCGAACAACAGUGAAGACAUACAACGGGAAGCCGCUGCGAUUCGCCGCGCUAGACUCCUACGAGCCCUUACAAAUCAGUACGUCGCGUGACCAAGCAAGAGUGUAUGUUUUACUGUAAGUAAUGUGACGGCCGGCUACAUCAAAAUUCGAUUACUUUUAAGAUUUAUUUUCGAAUUGAUAAUUUGUAGUAUUUUUAUAACUGUUAAUGUUAAAUACAUAUUAGGUAAACUUGUAAAUGUAAGAAACUCAGUGCGAUGGUCAUAAUUUUGGCGCAACCGGCUAUAUGAUUCUGAUGUUGUAGUUUCUUGUGAUACAAUUGUAAGUGUAAUAUACAAAAAUCUAUUCUAAA